AUCACGACGACCGGCCGACGACCUGAAGACCAGAGGGACGCCGAGAGAGAGAAUAACGAAAAUGGCGACGCGCCUCGAUCGUGCGAGAAAAUGAUUGAAUACGUGCAAGACUGCGACAUUCUGGUUUCACUUGAAUGAGAUUCCUCCGGAUGCGCAUGCGCGUAAAGUCGAGUCCAGCGAGACCGAGUCGUGCUGUGCAAUUGUGUGCAGUCGCGUGACGAUCGUGGUCGCGUGAGGGUGAUAACUUUUGUUCAAAUGAAUAAAAAUGAGCCGAUGAACAGAUAUGGGCCUCUCGUUGGUGCGAUCGACGAGGGCACGAGCAGCGCUAAAUUCCUGGUCUUCGCAGCCAAUACAGCGGAAGUCUUGACGUACCAUCAAGUCCCGAUACUUCAAAUUUGUCCGCAAGAAGGAUGGAUGGAGCAAGAUCCUUUAGAAAUAUUAAAAGCAGUCAGGGAAUGUCUUAAUCAAACUAUACACAACUUGAGGCAAUUGACAAUAGAUCCGUCUGAUAUAGUUGCUAUCGGUAUAACAAAUCAACGAGAAACUACGGUUGUAUGGGAUUCCAUCACAGGAGAGCCACUUUAUAACGCCAUAGUAUGGAUGGACAUGAGAACCACUACGGUCGUGGAUGAUGUACUAAAAAACAUACGUAAUAAGGAUAAGGAUUACCUGAAGCCACUCUGUGGCUUGCCAAUUAGUCCAUAUUUUAGUGCACUGAAGCUGAAGUGGUUGCUAGAAAAUGUGCCUCGCGUUCAAGAAGCACUGGCAAAGGAACGUCUCAUGUUUGGCACCAUCGAUUCCUGGCUAAUCUGGAAUUUGACCGGUGGUGCCAAGGGAGGUGUUCACUGCACAGAUGUCACAAACGCUUCGAGAACAAUGCUCAUGAAUAUCGUUACUCUCAAAUGGGAUCCCACUCUGUUGUCAUUUUUCAAAAUACCCGCCAAAAUUUUACCACGAAUACGAAGCUCGUCCGAAAUUUACGGUUACAUACAGGAUGAACUUUUACAGGGUGUUCCUAUAUCAGGUUGUUUAGGCGACCAACAAUCAGCUCUGGUAGGUCAGAUGUGUCUUCAGCAAGGACUGGCGAAAAGUACUUACGGCACCGGUUGCUUCCUUCUUUACAACACCGGCACGGCCAUCGUGGACUCUGCGCAUGGUCUGUUAACGACCGUCGCUUACCAAUUAGGAGAGCACGCUUCCCCGGUGUACGCUCUCGAGGGAUCCAUAGCUAUCGCCGGUGCCCUUAUACACUGGUUGAGAGACAAUCUAGGAAUAUUGGACAAUAUAGAAGACUGCGAAAGUAUCGUCAAGCAAAUAACCGCGGAGAAUCGCGUAGUUUUCGUGCCGGCGUUCUCCGGGCUCUACGCUCCCUACUGGAGGAAAGAUGCGCGCAGCGUCAUAUGCGGAAUUAGCGAGGAUACAAACAGCUCGCAUAUCAUAAAGGCAGCCCUGCAGUCGGUGUGCUUCCAGAUAAGAGAUAUUUUGGAAGCCAUGAAGAAGGAUACCGGCUUAAUGCUGUCGAAAUUGUUGGUCGACGGCGCGAUGACGAACAACGACUUGCUGAUGCAAAUGCAAGCCGACAUCUGCGGCAUUCCAGUAGUUAGGCCACUGAUGUGCGAAACUACCGCGCUCGGAGUGGCGAUCGCCGCGGGGAGUGCAGAAGGGAUACGCAAAUGGGACGUGAGGAUCGACGCUAACGUACCCAGCGACACUUUCCUGCCGUCGAUCACCGAGAACGAACGCGAUGUCUUGUAUUCGCGAUGGAAGGCCGGUAUUAAGCGGAGCUUAGGAUGGGAAACGCUUCCGGAGGAUAACGGUAACGAUAAUGGUGCUUCUGUUGCAGAUGACACGAACAAUAUACAUCGAGUGACCGCUCCAGGUGUGUUUAUGAUAGGAACUAUAAUAUUACUUAUAGUCGCUAAGUGCAGAUCUACUUUGUAAUAAAUUUAUACGGUGUAGUAUAUACAGUAUGUACUCUGUACAUUGCAUUUAGUCCAAAAAAUCGAUCGACGCAACUCGAGGGAUAUGCUUACUGUAAAUGUGAUAUGAGGUAUCGCGUGUCUAAUCGUCCGGCCGCGCGUGCAUGUGACUAAGAUCAAGUAUUAUUUAUGAACCAAAAAGCGAGAGAUGCCGUAAUACAUAUGUACCGUGAUAGAAUGACAAAAUUAUUCCGAUUAGAAUGUGAAUAAACUGUUGAGUUACA